CAAACGACAUUUAAUUCAAAAGCAAACAUCAACGGUUCGAGUCCGGAUCGUAAAGAUAAAAUUUUUCGCUUAAAUUUUUUCUUUAAAUAUAUUAUUGUAAUUUAAAAGAAAGUUCAGUCUCGUUUAUUGUUCAAUUUAGUUUAUGUCGUGCAAUUUUUAACAAUUUCAAAAAGUGUUUAUAAAUAUUUAUAAAAUUAAAAAAAAAAAAAUCUACGUGUAUUUGAAUGUCAGUUUAUAUAUAAAGAAGUUUGACACAAACGUUUUAAAAAAAGAAAAGAAGUGUUUAAAAAUAUUAAAUUUAUUAACGAAAAAGGUUUUUUCCAAUUACCAAAGAAACCUAUCGUUUAAUUAACUAAUAUUUUAUUAAAUUUAAUUUAAAUAAAGAUCGCUAACAAAAUGGUUGGAACCACAGUCUUAAAACGUGUAGACGAGUUUAAACAAAAACAACAACAAAAGUUUUCUAAACUGCUGCCGAAUGAAUCUGCUGCUUUUAAACAAGUCAAAAAAAUUGGUGGUCUUACCACCACUGAGGUUACAAAACGAGCUGCUCUAGGUGAUUUACAGAAUCGUGGUGUUGUUCGUACCAUCGCUGCUAAGGAUGCUGCCCAAAAGGACCUGAAGGAUACAAGACUUCAAAAUGCAUUACGUGGCACUAAAGCACGUGUUGAUACACAAUGGAAAAAGACCACCACCACAACAACAACAACAACCACAAAUCCUACUGUAGCUGGAACAAAAACAAAUGUAACAACUGGAGAAGUACAAAAAACAACAACAGCAACAACUGCUGCAGCUGGGCAACGUAAAAUCCUAACACGUUCCAAUUCGGUGCGUUUAGGUACUAGCACAGCUACCACAGGACUGGGACUACAAAGACAUGCUUCAUCCCAUUUGCUUGUUGGACAAAAUCGAGUUAAGACGUUGACCACAAAAGUGAUCGAGAAUAAAGUGCAACAAGUGAAAGUUAAAGCUGAUGUAGUAGAUGAAAAUAAAUUAGAGGGAGGAACCACCACUACCUUACGUCGUGAAGAUAGCAAUUUGUCUCGUAAAUCUUUGACAAAAAUUCAAGCUGCCAUUACACAAAAAGCUGCUGCUGUCACCACAAAACCUACAUUGGUGAAAAGCAAUUCUACUGGUGGUUCUUUAGCCAUUAAGAAAGAUUUACCACAAAUUGAGAAAAAAGAAGACAAAUUGAAAAUUGUCAGUAUACAAUCACAUUCAUCCAAAUUGUUGGAUGAUGUCAAAGAUAUUGAUGAGGGUGAUGGUGAAAAUUUGAUUUUAGUUUCCGAAUAUGUCAAUGACAUUUAUGCUUAUCUUUUCAAAUUGGAAGCUGAACAGCCUGUUCAUAAGAAUCAUUUGGAGGGUCAGGCGGAAGUUUAUGCUAAAAUGCGUGCCGUCUUAAUUGAUUGGAUAAAUGAGGUACACACACAAUUCCAUUUAGUGGCUGAAACUUUCCAAUUGGCAGUGGCUAUUAUUGAUCGUUAUUUACAAACCGUCAAGGAUACCAAACGCUCACAUUUACAGUUGGUGGGUGUUACAGCUCUCUUUAUAGCCGCCAAAUAUGAAGAGCUUUUCCCACCAGCUAUUGCUGAUUUUAUCUAUAUUACCGAUGAUACCUAUACCGGUAAACAGAUACGUCAAAUGGAAUUGCAAAUAUUUAAGGCUUUGGGCUGCAAUCUAUCACGCCCCUUGCCCAUACACUUUUUGCGUCGUUUCUCUAAGGCGGCCGAUGCUGAAGAUAAUCAUCAUGCCAUGUCAAAAUACUUUUUGGAAUUGGCCAUGAUUGAAUACGAUAUGUCUCAUUAUAAACCAUCAGAGAUUGCUGCAGCUUCCCUCUUUUUAUCACUAAAUCUAUUAAAAGAAAAUAGCAAUAUGUCUAGCGGCUUAAGCAAUAAACACUGGAACUCUACACUAGAAUGGUAUUCCAGAUAUUCAGCCGAACAUUUGAGACCCAUUGCCAAGAAGAUUGCUUCGGUGGCACGCAAUGCUCCUCAUGCUAAACUCAAGGCUGUGUAUACAAAAUAUCAAGCAUCGAAAUUCCAAAAGGUUUCCAUGCGUUCUGAAUUAUACAGUACGUUAAUGGAUUCCAUCAUCAGCAGCAAGUAAUUGGAACGGCGGGCAUAAGGUAGAAAGUAUUAUUAGUGUUAAGAAAUAUAUUACCACAACUACAACAAGUAAAGAAAAUAAUUGUAUUUCCAACAAAUACAUGAUUUAUUAUUAAUUAGUUUCUAAACCAACACUUAGAACAAAAUAAUCAUCAUCUACUACGUAGUCCUUUAUAUAUAUAGUUAGUAUAAUUGUUUUUUUAAGGAUUUUUUUUUUACAACUUUAUAUUUCAAUUCUAAGCUUAAAGGGGAUUUUAAAUACCUAUUUAACUUUAACACCCAACUAUUGACAAUUCAUUACAAAAUUUUGCUAAUUUGAAUUAUAAUUAUAUUAAAAUAAAUAAAAAUUGUAUAAUUUGCUCAAAAAAAAAAAGAAGUAUUGUAAGCCCUUUUAAGCUGGAAUUAGAAAGAAAACACACACACACAUAAAAUACAUUUUUAUAUACUUUCACGAAAUAUGAUUCUUCUCUUUGGAAAAAAACAUUUAAUAAAUUUUGUUUCAUUACACAUCAUGGCUUAAAUGUGAUGUUGAACCUAUGAAAUACUUAAGAAAUGCACAAAAAUCCGUUUCACUUUUCAAAAAAACCUCAACUCAUUUGCUUUUGAAACUAUAGGCGCGGCGCGGCUCGGCUUUAAUAUCUUGUUAGGGAAUCCCCCCACAGCAAUUUUGGCUUGAUUUGCUUAACUUGGCAAAACUAUGACUCAAAAAGUAGCAGCUGUAUUUGUAUAGUUUUUCUUCUCUCUCUUAAAUUUAGACUUUCUGUUUCUUUUUCCAACUUUUCCCAUAAAACCAAAUCGCAUUUGCUGGCUACAUAAAUAUGCGAUAUUCUCUUAACUUUAAACUUUUAUUUUCUAAAAAAAAAUUUUCUAAAAUUUGUUUGCUUUAAACUUUUAUAAAAAUAAUGUUCAAACAAUUUCAAAAACGACUGAUUCUUUUAUUACUUUUUUUUUACUAAACUUUCGUUUAUUAUUUAUAUUUUUAAGUUAUUUUUUUUAUAUAUUUUUUCAUCAUAUUAUGUUUCAUUAUUAUUUUGGCUAAAACUCUUCAAAGAUUAAUUUUUUUAUGAAAAAAAAAGCCGUCUAAUCCUAACACACUUUACUUUAAACAAUAAUCAUUUGUUUAUAAUAACAACUGAAAGGAAAACAAACAACCCAUUAGACGCUUUUAAAGAGUUUUUUUUUGUUAGUUAAAAUUGGCAUUUAUUUGUGUUAAUUGGUGUCCAAGUGUAUGUUA